AAGUUAUUUCAGAAUGGUGGACCAGCUCCAAGGAACAUGGAAAUCUAUUUCUUGUGAAAAUUAUGAAAAUUACAUGAAGGAGCUGGGAAUAAGAAAAGCCAGCAGGAAACUAGGUUGCCUGGCAAAACCCAUUGUGACUAUCAGUGCUGAUGGAGAUGUAAUCACCAUAAAGACUAGAAGCAUCUUUAAAAACUCUGAAAUCUCUUUUAGACUGGGGGAAGAAUUUGAAGAAACUGCACCUGUUGGCAAUAAAACAAAGAGUACAGUAACCUUAGACAAUGACACUUUGGUUCAAGUUCAGGACUGGGGUGACAAGGAAAUGACUAUACGGAGAAAGCUGGUGGAUGGGCAGAUGGUGGUGGAAAGCUCAGUGAAUAGUGUCAUCUGCACACGAGUAUAUGAGAGAAUAUAAGCAAACCAAUCUCAACGUCUUAUACUCUAAACUGCUAGGGAUGAUGAAAAUAAAAUAAGAAUGAUAAAAUAAAAUGUGAUCUCUAGUCAUAGGAGAGAACCUUUUGUACACAAAUGCCCAUAAUUUUGGCUGCCUUAUUAAUUAUACAUACAUGAUGACAGCUAUGGAAUCCAGGAUAAUAUACCUUAGUCCACACAGAGCCAAGAUUAUAUAUUCAGAUAUGCACUUCAUAUUGAUAUUUUUUCUCAGUAGGCAUGUUAUAUCCAUGCUUUCAAUUCAAUAUGAACUUCUCCAUACUGAGAAAAUAACAUUAACUUUUUUCUAUUAAGUAGUUACACAAAGAGAUUUCAAUUUCAUAAAUCAGGUUAUGAUUACAGUGCAUUUUCAUCAAUGCCACCCCUUCCAUCAUUAAAGUAUUAACUUUUAAUGAACUACUUGGGGGGCAUAAUGUUCCUCACAAGUUACAUCAGAGUUGUGUAUGAAAGAAAUAUGUGUAAAACUGAGAUACUAACACACCAAGCUUUUAUUACAGAGAAGGCCCUAGCCACUACCACCAUAAUAAAAGCCACCACAAUGGUGAAUAUCCAGUUUUCUUUACAGAAUAAUCUGUUCUAUUUGCAGAAUAUUCUGUUUGAUUUAUCUCAUGCAGUAGCAUGCCUGGAAGGGAUUUUAGAAGUAGUGUGGAUUAAGCACCUCAUUUUAUAAACUGGGAAGCAGGCCCAGUUAACUAUAGAUCACUGAACUAUAGAUGUCAAGGUCACCCCAUCAUGCAAAUGGUUUCUGAAACCAUCUGAGGAGCUAAAAGCUUCAUGUCUGUUCCAGGGUUGUAACCAGCCACCCAUAAUAGAGGGAACAGAAGUUGGAAGGUAGAUAAAACCAGGCUCAUGGUGUCCACCC